CCCGGGCCGGGCCAGAGCUGCGCAGUCAUGAUCACAGCGGAGGCCGCAUCAGAGUCCGCUGUCCUUGCGGUGCCGGGUGAUACAGCCGCCCCUGGAGUCCCAGAGCGCGAGGAGCUGGUGUGGCCCUGGAAAGAUGCCCCGAUCCGGGCGCUGGUGCAGCGCAUCCACCAGCUGCAAGCUGAGCGCGCGCAGGCCUUCCGCCGGCUGGAGGAAGGCCACCGCCAGUACCUGAGCAGCGGCCCGCUCUACGACUUCCCGCGCUACCGGAGCACGGUACACGAGGUGACCCAGGUCUUCGCCGCCGCCUCGAGAGAGGUGCUGGCGCUGGAGGCCGAGCUAGCCGGACCCCGAGCGCAGCCGCUGCUCGCGAGCCACGUGCGCAGCCUGCAGCAGCUGGAGGAGACGCGCCUGACCACGGUGGCCCUGCUGCAGCUGAUGGGGACACCAGAGCUGACUGGGCACGAGGACAGCCUGCAGAUGCACCAGCUGAAGAUGAAUUCCCAUCCACUCUUGUAGGGUAAUUAAAACCAUGGAAGCAAUCAGUGAGGUUCUCCAGGACCUCAGGUUUGAUGCGGAAUCUGCCGAGUAAUGGUGGCUCCGCAGGGACAAGAGAGAUGGAGAAUGGGGCAUAUGGCGCCCUGCCCUGCCCACCAGCUGGCUGGGGUCACACCCCGUCGGACCACUGACCCUCCUCGAGUUCACUUCACCUCUCAUAAUAAAGAGCCUAAAGAACCUUC